CUCUAGCUACAUAACCACGUCCGCUGUUUAGAAAAAUGGCCGGUAAAAGGAAAGCUGAGACUGAGGAUGGCUUGUAUCUCGAUACUGUGAACAGAAGGAAGCUUGACUUUGACUUUGAGAAACUGUGCAGUGUUACACUGUCCAAUGUCAACGUAUACGGAUGUCUUGUGUGUGGCGAGUACUUCCAAGGGAGAGGGAAGUCAUCGCCCGCAUACUACCAUUCUCUAAACGAUGACCACCACCUGUUCAUAAACUUCAACAACCUCAAUGUUUACGUCCUGCCUGAGGGACAACAAGUUCAAUCGCAUCUCUUGGAUGAUAUCAAGUACGCUGUCAACCCAAGUUACACCAAGCCAGAAUUGGUUCAGUUAGGCACGCAGCCCGUAAGAGAUAUCAGCGGUAACGAGUACCUCCCUGGAAUCAUUGGUCUCAAUAACAUCAAGCAUAACGAGUACUCUAACGUUGUGCUACAGGCCGUGUGUCACUGCAGCAUUGUGCGGAACUGGUUCUUGUUGCUCGAUGAUGUUAAUAACUACAAUGAGCUGGUGAAGAGAUUCACAACCUUCAUCAAAAAAUUAUGGUCACCAAAACUGUUCAAACACCACAUAUCACCACAUGAGCUGUUGCAGCAUAUUUCUGUCAUAUCAGACAAACAGUUUACGAUAAACGAACCCAAAAACCCCAGAGAUUUUAUAGUUUGGCUGUUAAAUAACCUUCACAAGAGCCUUGCCAUUGUUGCCGGUGAGAAAAGGAAAAGCACUGUUAUAUCUCACUCAUUCCAAGGGAAACUACGGGUCACGACUGAUGAUGGGAAUUCCAGCUCUGUUACAAACACAAAGUUUUGGAUUCUGACCUUGGAUUUACCCCCGGUAUCCAUACUCCAAGACGGGAUUGGAGUUCAAGAGAUUCCUCAAAUACGAUUGGAAAAACUACUUGACAAAUACACUGGGAAAACCCAAACAGUUACAUCAUCUGGUACAAAGACUUAUGAGAUAAUCAAGUACCCUCCGUACCUUUUACUGCACAUUAACAGAUUUCACGAUUCUGAAUUGGGAAUUGAUUUGAAAUUGAAAGACAGAUACCAAACUUUAGUGGAAUUUCCCUUAGAGAUGACCUUAAACGAGGGUAAAGCCAAAUACAAACUGCUGUGUAACGUUGUGCACGACGUUGUUACGACUAAGAACAGUAUGGAUGAAGCUAAUGAAGAACGCAGCGAUUGGAAAGUACAAAUGAGGAAUUCUGAUGAUGAAUGGUUUGAGGUGAAAGAUUUGGAGGUUACUCCCAAGGAGAAAGAACUAUUAUUCCUAGGUGAAUCAUACAUUCAAGUUUGGGAGCUCAAGCAAUAAAACGGUGGAUCUACAAACUUAAAAAAUGUACCACAAGAGUCAUUUCGAAAUAACGAUUACUUGAUAGCAAUGGUAUCAACUGCACCGGUGAGAACACUUACGACGUUAUCCUCUAUCAAAUCCUCUGCGGUUUGUAACAAGUGUUUCUUUGGAUCUUGUUUACCAACGAAUCUAGUCUUGAGUUGUUCCUCGGAGAGCUCCUUCUCUUCCUCCACUCUUUUAACAUAUUGUUCUGCAAUCUUCACCAUUUGAGCAGCAGAAUCUGCGUUAUGUUUCUCCUUGUGUGUAUAAUCUUUUAAUGCCAAUCCAGAUUGCCACUCUUUCUU